AUGCUUUUCGAGACUUUGAUUACAGUGGCCGCCCUGGGCGUGGUUGUCAACGCUGACCGUCCGAAAAAUGUGACCAUCUGUGACUACUAUACACCUCUCCUCUUGGGAGUAGAGAACUCGGCAACGAGUCAAUUGAAGCUCGUGCAGACGCUCACUCACACUUUUAUUCUCGGCAACUACACAACUCCCAACGUUGGCAUUGCAGUUGCUGGAGUUGCUACCCCAGCAGAUUAUUCCGGCCACGAAGUCAACAUUCUGAACUAUUUCAUCGGUGCCUACUAUUCGACCAAGGGCUACAACAACGCAAGCACUGGUAUCGCCAAAAACUUUCUGGAUGAUGGUGGUGCCGUUGCCUAUUAG